AUGGGGUAUUUCAAGAAUAGACCACCCUUUCAAAAGAGAGUGGCCAAUUCAUCCCUAUUAAGUCAGUCAGAUGAGAUAUUGUUAGAUGAUCUAUUGUUCCUCAUUUCUUGCUUUGAGAAUAACCAUUCAGAAUUUAUAACCAAAGCCCCAUCUUAUUACAUAGAAUAAUACUUUACACUAGCUAACGAAUAGGAAUAUGCCAACUCCUAUAUCAUUAGAAACAAAGUGUUUUUAACCUGCCACUUAAUGCUGCAUGAAUUUUAAUUAGGUAUCGACUUCGCUGAUCAUUUCCUCAAUUAGAAAUUCCCAGUUUUAUUGGAUAAAAAAUCUCCUGUGUUUGUUAAAACUACCUCCCAGAAGGAAGAAUGGCUGUCAGUAAACAUCUAAUUAAGUUACUUCUAAUAUCUUCAAAAAUUGGCUGUGAACAUACAAGUCUUCCACGCUUGCAAAGUGCAACAAUACCCUUUGUUUUAAGAGGGAUAAAAAUUCAUUGACAUCCAAACUAAAUUGCUUUGGCUCUUCAAGAUUAGUAAUCUAGUUAAUAGUGGCUUGGGACAGAUGGAAAUCUUAAAAUAAGCCUUGCAGAUGGUCCCAGAAGAUAUGCUGUUGAAAGAGAUCGUCCUAGUUUAUUGGUCUGACAUCAUAGUAUUCUAUAAUUUUCUCAGUAAAGAAAUCUUAUAAUUGUUAGAUUAUUAUAGACAUCUAGCCACACAUAUUUGUCUAUAAUUUUAUGAACUCUACCUAUAAUUGUUUCAAAUUAGAAAUUCCAUUUCCGAUCUUUACAAAUACCGUAAGCAUUUUGAUAGAGACAAUGUUAUUAAACAGCCUAAAUGGUUUGAUGUCAACAAACCAGUUCAUAAAUAAAUAGAAGAAUUCAUGUUGAAACAAAAGUUGAAUAUUGGAAAUAAUACAGAUAGAGCUGCCUCGAAACCAUAAAUGUCAAGCAGAGGAUCCAAAUCUCAAAUUGCACUAGACACCAGAAUUGAUUUAAGCAAAUUACCUAGAACAAAUAAUAAUACAAUUAAAACUCAUAGAGCAGGAAGACAAGGAGAAAGUGAAGGAGACGACGAAGAUUUUGAAUAACUUAAAUAAAUCCUGCAAAAUUAGAAUAUCUAAACUAAAUUAACAAUGAAAAAAUAAUAAAAAUAAAAAUAACAAGAUUCUGAAAUUUCUUUUUAAAAAUAAUCUCAAGAAGAAGGAACAGAUCUACCAAAAGGAGAUUGA